AUGAAAUUCGCACUUCUCUCCCUCCUGCUCAGCCUGCUCGCCGCCUUCGCCAUGGCCGCGGCACCGCAACAGUCCGUAAUUGUCAGCUACCCGAAUGAGACCCCAGACAGCGUGGUUGAGCAGGCGAAGAAGGCUAUCGUGGAAGCCGGCGGAAUAAUUACACAUGAAUACAACAUCAUCAAGGGCUUCGCUGCCAAGGCCCCGGCUAAAGUCCUCGAGAGUAUCCGGACGUGGGGUGCGGAGUACAACGCGCUGGUCGAGGUCGAUCAGGAGAUGCAUACAAUGGAGACUGGACUUGGGCCGUAG